GUGUAUGAUUUGUCUGUUCCUUUAGAUGAGUAUUAACAAAAACAGUUUAAUUUUAAAAUCGCCGUGCAAACGAAGUCGUAGUCAAUCAGAUUACCAUUUAUAAUACAAGAACUGGACUAUUAUCUAAGGCUGUAGGCAGACAAGAGAUUAGUUUCUUUCCUGAUAUUAGUCUAUGCUUUACAAGUAAAAACAUUCCUACUUAAAUUUAGAAGGCAUAUGUAAAGAAGAAUUUGUGGAGUACUUUGUCAACUUAAUAUAGUGAAGCUUUCUGAUAUUAAACCUGUGUUCUCCAAGAAGAAUAAAUGGCUAAUACCGGUCUAUUAAUUUUGACUAAUCCUGUCAAGGUCGCAAAAUUAUUACCAAUAAUCAAGGAGCAUGUACUGAAAACAUUGUACAUUCAAUAUUUCCCAGAGAAAAAUAUUCUUGUGCCAGGAAGUUAUUCAUUGUCAACAACUCAAUGGAAAGGUCCACGAUAUGCUCAAACUGUCUCCAGAAUUUAUGCACUGGCUUCUUCCUUUGCAACUCGUUUAGACGUUCGUGUCUUACUUACAAGCAUGAAGAAUCCUACUACUCCUAUUAUACAUACCAAAAGACCUGUGGAAAUUGUUAUAUUUGAUCAGACGUAUAGUAAGAACGAUGCUAAUGCAUUUAUACAGGACUAUCUAUCCAACACAUCAAUGGGAUGUAGUUUUAUUACAUUUGACAAUGAUAAGGAUGUGGACAGUGAUGGUGAUAACAUGCAGAAUUAUACAGAAAAUUGCACAUUUAAAAAUGUCGUACUUGGUGGAACAUUUGAUCGAUUGCACAAUGGUCACAAAAUCUUGCUUAGUGAGGCAGUUUUAUGUUGCACAAAAAAGUUGACUGUUGGUGUCACCGAAACAAAUAUGUUGUCUGGAAAGAUAUUAUGGGAACUCAUAGAACCAUGCUCCAAAAGGAUAAAAAGUGUUCGUGAGUUUUUGGAAGAUGUUGAUCCAUCAUUAUCAUAUGAUGUUGUUCCAAUUUAUGAUAUGUAUGGACCUACUAAGGAUGAUCCCACGUUUGAAAUGAUUGUCGUGAGUGAAGAAACUAAACGAGGUGGAGAUAAAGUGAAUGAAAUUCGAGAACAGAGAGGACUUAAUAAAUUGGCUAUACAUGUAGUUCAAUUGAUAAGUGAAGCGUAUCAUCAGAAGCACGAAGAAGCAAAAAUUAGUUCUAGUAAUCAUAGAAUUCGUCUCCUGGGCACAAGACUGCGUGAUCCUAAAAUCGAAGGUAAAUCAUUGAAGCCAUAUAUAAUUGGCUUGACUGGAGGAAUUGCUAGUGGAAAAUCAUCAGUUGCUGACAAACUACAAAAAUUGGGUGCUGGACUUGUAAAUUGUGAUAAAAUAGCACAUGACCUGUAUCAGCCAGGAAGAUCUUGUUUUAAUUUGGUAGUAGAACACUUUGGUUCUGGCAUACUCAACGCUAAUGGCUUGAUCGAUAGAAAAGCCCUUGGUAAUAUAGUAUUUAAUGACAAGGACCAAUUAGAUAAACUAAAUAACUUGGUAUGGCCUGAAAUUUUAAAAGAAUCAUUAAGGCAGAUCGAUGAUUUUUAUAACAAUGGUUUUGAGAUUAUUGUAAUGGAAGCAGCAGUACUUAUUCAAGCUAAAUGGCAAUCUGUUUGUCAUGAAAUUUGGACCUGCAUUAUUCCACAAGAUGAAGCUGUAAAGCGUGUAGUAGAAAGGAAUGCUUUAUCAGAAGAUGAAGCAAGGUUACGUAUAAAAGUUCAACCAAGUAAUAUAGAGCAAGUAAACGAAGCUCACGUAGUAAUAUCAACGUUAUGGAGUCAUGACGUUACUGAGAAACAAGUACAAACAGCAUGGGAUCAGCUCCAAACAUACUUAGCAAAACAAGUAGCAAGCUAACACGGAUAAUUAAUUAUAUUAAAUAAAUAAUGCGCAGUGUGCAGCUGUAUACUGUACGUAAUAUUAACAUAACAAAGGGGGACAUAGGUAUUUUGGAAAGGGUGUCAUAAAUAGAAUACUAAGAUAGUUAUCGUGGCGUAAUAACUUAAAAGUAUAAAAGUACAGAUCUAUUUCGAUGGACCUCGGUAAUUGUUAACCAAAUGAAAAACUGCCAUAACGGUAGUUACGAUUUUCUAUGCUGCUUAUAAUUAUAUUUGAUACAUUACAAUGGUGAUUUAUUUCUUCAUAGUAUAAGUUUAGUUUGCAAUUUAGGUAUGAAAAACUGUGCCAUGUUAUUUAUUAUAAUGACUACCUCUUUCUGUGGACAGUCUAUUAAAUAAAAUAUAAGUUCUGAAAAUU